AUGUUGGUGCGGCCGCCCCCCACGCGCUGGCCGCGGGAGCCGGGGAUCCAUCUGUCCGAGGCGGGGCGCGCCGCCCCUUCCCCUUUCUCCCCAGGAACCCUCAAAGCCCACAGCCCUGCCGGCUCCACAAUCUGGGCUGCUGCUCUUCUGGGCUUUUUAUGCUGCCUUUUAAAUGUGCUGUUGAGCUGCAAGCCAAUUAGCCCUUUCCGUUUGCCCGGGCGGGCGGUGGGAGCGCUCGGAGCGCCCCUCACCAGCGGAAACGCACGGGCUCCCUCGGCGGCGCUCCCGGGCCCAGAAGGGAGUCGCACGCCUGGCGGCGUUGACGCCAGCCUUCCAGGAUUUGGUCCUCAAAGUCUUUUUUCAUGUACUAGGAAAGACAAGAAUCUCCCCUUUGAUGGUUUCAUUUUGUAA